UGAACCAGCGCAUACACUGCCAGUUAUGAGCGCAGAAGCUGUUGCAGACUGACAGCAGCAGCAGCAGCAGCGGGGCACGGGCAGGGUUGCCAGCACUUGAGUGUAAUUCUGUGUGGGAGGAGGAUGGGUGUGUUAGAGAGCAUCCAGCCUUUUCUCCUCACACGCUCUGCCGUGCGCUCAUACUGAAGACAAAGCGCGGAGAGGAGUCCACCUCUCCAUGUGACGCGCAACAGUCCCCUCAGUGCCUGUCCUGCUGUUUCUUCUUUUCUCCUGAUCUACGCUCCAUGGACAGUUAACCAGGUGCUUCCCCCACAUCCUUCCGUCCUCCCUCAUCUCCAGCUUUCAACAUCAGUGAAGUGGCUGCCUCACCCGUCCGAACCGGAGGCCGCCUGGUCUCUGAUCUGGUCUCUGGAGUCUCCGGAGACUCGGCGCGCACCGUCAGGACCAGACUGUGCGGCUCUCGGAUCAGACCCGAGCCACCCCGAGAUCUGGCGAUGGAGCUGAUGGAGGAAGACGGUUUGGACAAGCUUGAGGACAUGUCAUCGGUGUACGACUUCGACCCGAUCACCGGAAACAUCCCAGCCACCAAAGUGGAAAUCACCGUCUCGUGCAGAAAUCUGCUGGAUAAAGACACAUUCUCCAAGUCAGACCCAUUGUGCGUGCUCUAUACACAGGGUGUUGAAACCAAACAGUGGAGGGAGUUUGGAAGAACAGAGGUGAUAGACAACACCCUGAACCCUGACUUUGUUCGAAAGUACAUUUUGGACUACUUUUUUGAGGAGAAGCAGAACCUCCGCUUCGACUUGUACGAUGUGGACUCUAAAAGCCCAGACCUAUCCAAACAUGACUUCUUGGGUCAGGCAUUCUGUACUCUUGGGGAGAUCGUUGGAUCACCGGCCAGUCGACUGGAGAAAUCACUGGGAGGGAUCCCAGGGAAGAAGUGUGGCACCAUCAUCCUGUCUGCUGAGGAGCUGAGCAAUUGUCGAGACAGUGCCACCAUGCAGUUCUGUGCCAACAAGCUGGACAAGAAAGACUUCUUUGGCAAGUCGGACCCUUUCAUGGUCUUCUACAGAAGCAACGAGGACGGAACGUUUACUAUCUGCCAUAAAACAGAGGUCGUGAAGAACACAUUAAAUCCAGUGUGGCAGCCGAUCACUAUCCCAGUGCGAGCGCUCUGCAAUGGAGACUAUGACAGAACAAUCAAGGUGGAAGUGUACGACUGGGAUAGGGACGGCAGUCACGACUUCAUUGGGGAUUUCACAACCAGCUACCGAGAGCUAGCUCGAGGGCAAAGUCAGUUCAAUGUGUAUGAGGUGAUUAAUACCAAGAAGAAAAUGAAGAAAAAGAAAUAUGUCAACUCUGGAACAGUGACCCUGCUCUCGUUCUCAGUGGAGUCGGAGUUCACGUUUUUAGAUUACAUCAAAGGAGGGACGCAGAUCAAUUUCACUGUGGCCAUCGAUUUCACAGCAUCUAAUGGUAACCCCUCACAGUCCACCUCGCUGCACUACAUGAACCCAUACCAGCUCAACGCCUACGCCAUGGCCCUGAAAGCUGUGGGGGAGAUCAUCCAGGACUAUGACAGCGACAAGAUGUUCCCAGCUCUGGGCUUUGGAGCCAAACUGCCCCCUGAUGGACGUGUUUCACAUGAGUUUCCACUGAAUGGAAACAUUGAAAAUCCAUACUGUAAUGGUAUUGAGGGUAUUUUAGAGGCAUACCACCAGAGUCUGAAGACGGUGCAGCUGUACGGGCCGACUAACUUUGCUCCUGUGGUGAACCAUGUUGCCAGGUAUGCAGCGGCGGUGCAGGACGGCUCCCAGUACUUUGUGCUCCUCAUCAUCACAGACGGCGUCAUUUCGGACAUGGCGCAGACCAAGGAGGCCAUCGUAAACGGUGCCAAGCUUCCCAUGUCCAUCAUCAUAGUUGGAGUUGGUCAGGCGGAGUUUGACGCGAUGGUGGAGUUGGACGGCGAUGACAUCAGGAUCUCGUCUCGGGGGAAACUGGCUGAGAGAGACAUUGUUCAGUUUGUUCCCUUCAGAGAUUAUAUGGACCGCACAGGCAACCACGUGCUCAGUAUGGCUCGGCUUGCCAAAGACGUGCUAGCAGAGAUACCUGACCAGUUCAUCUCCUACAUGAAGAGCAGAGGGAUCAAACCUAACCCGGCGCCACCUCCCUACACACCGCCUGGACACACACACCACCACACACAGAUCUGAAGCCCUCAUCGUCUCAUCUCUUCACUGAGGACUGUUAGCAUGCAGCAGCCAAUCAGAGUCCAGUGGGAACUCUUUGCCUCCUGUUUUAUGAUGCAAACAGGAGCUGAUGCACCGGGAAAUGGGGGUUGAUAUCGUAAUGUAUCAUCUCAGUGACUUAUGGAGCAGCCUUUGGGUUUCUUUUCUGGUAUUUUCUUCUGUUUUAUAUUCAUUUGGCUGAGCUUUCCGGGACUCAUGAGUGAAAGCCUUUACUUCGACACUGAGGCGGUGACUGUUUCGCAUCUGGUUUGACAGCAGGUUGUUUUAAAAAGGUCAUGUUGUGGUUAAAACUUGUGCCUGUUUGUGGUUGUUUCUCUAAAUGUAUCAGGACGUGAACUUUGACUCAAGCCUCGCUGAUCAGUCAUAGGUGUGGCCUAACGCAGUGAUACUUUUAGGCACCUUUUUUCCCUCCUACAAAUAGAUUUUUAUAUUUUGGAAAUAUCUCAAUAUGUACUGAUGCCUCAGUUAUGAUGGAGGAAAUCGACAGGUGUGCAGUGUACAGAUAAUAAUGUUGAAUCUAAAUCAGGCUUUUCAUACCAUGAGGAGUCACAUCCUCUCUUCUUUACUAUGUGAAUGUUUCUUAGAGCAUGUUGUAUGAGAAUGAAUUACUUCCCCUAUCUUAGCAUAUAUAUAAAUAUACUCUCGAAUGUUAUUCCGAGUGGCAUGGGCAUUUGAUAGAUAUGUUAUAAACCAAUCGUUAUUGAAAUGGCCACAAAUUAUUUUCAGUUGUUUGCAUAUAUAAAGCACAAGACAACUCGUCUCCAUAAUAAGGAUAGCAUUAUGAAUCCCUUUGACUGCUGCUAUUUAAUGUUUCUGAACAAAGUACCCAGUUUAUUCAUGCAAGUCAUGUUGCACUGCAGCUGAGCUUAACAUAACACAUGGCCCUAGCUUGUUUAGAGGAGCAGUGUGUAAAAGUUAGAGGCGUCUUUAAAAGCAAGGCUGCAGAUUGUAGCACACUAAUAACCGUUCCCCCUCACCCUCCCCAUCCAAGUGUGCUGGAAAACCUGUGAUUGUAAUGAAAAAAACAAACAAAAGGGCUGUGCACCAUGGUGGUGAUUAUGGAGCCAGUCUCUCUGUAGAUUAAAGGGGCUCAUUUCAAAUACACAAGACUCUUACUUUGGAUCCUCUAGGAUCAAUAAAAGUACACUUAUAAGUAUAACAUACAUUUUUUUUCAAUAGAUCCAAGCUAUUCAUUAAUGUUCUGCUUCAGGGUUAAUUCCAACCACCACAAAUACUAGAGAUGCACGAUAUGGAUUUUGAUAUGGAACACCAAUAAUCAAUAAUAACCUGCUCUUGAUGGCCAAUAAGACAUUUUUAUACUUUUUUUUAAAACUUCAUAAUGUGUAGUAUGUGCAAACCUGAUGGUAAGAAA